CCGUGACUAUUGAUGACACAUAUACGCAGCUCCAGAGAUAUUGUAUUGAAAAUCACUCAAUGGGAGUACUUAGUAAUGGGGAGUACAAAAUAGCCAUUGUCCGGUUUAGGCGUGAAUUUAACGUUCUGGGAUAAGGAAGGUGUAUUGGCGCCACUCUCAAUUAUAAUACAAAGCUCUUUCCAUAUCCCACACCAAGUUUGAUAAGCCAGUACUCGGGGUUGCCGGAUGGAAUGGAUGCUUUUUCAGAAUUUAUAUGUUGAACCUCAAAAUUCGUAUUAGCGGACUCAAUACCUAGAAAUAUCAUAACCUAUAACCAUUUGUCUUUUUACGCCCCUUCCUAUAUUCCUAUAAUAUCAUCAAAAUGACCUGGCAAAAUGAUUCUUCUUACUCACGGCAUGAGUUUUCUAGUAGAGCCACUACACCCUCGAGCUCAUCCUUCGCCUCCAAUUUCUUCCGACGCGCCCGCCGAGCUUCUCUUACAAGAAAUAGCAGAAAGUGUGUAUCUUUCGCAGAUCCUUUAGAGGCAGAGACAUCCAAGGACAGUAGCUCAGAGAAUGGCCAAGUAUUAUUUAUGGCAGAUUCGAAACGACCACCACAUCCUCAACGACCGGUACUACAGCGUCGAUCUUUGUCGACUAUGAGUAAUAGCUCUCUCGGAACUCUCGGUGAAAAUUGGGACAGCGAAAUUAAUUCCGAUAUAGAUAGUGAAGCUGAGGAGGUAUCUUGGAAUAUCAUCAACAAAGAAGUACUAGAAUGGCAAUAUGUUUGUCGUACUGGUAGGCCUUUCUGGUGGUCACCGGAGUUCAAAAGUAGUCGUAUGCCCACUUUAUCUCCGGAGAACCUUAGAGAAGUCAGCACGCGUGCUUGGUUGAGAGGGAUCACAGGUGACUCAAGACCACACCUGAAGAAACGUUAUCAUACUAUGGACGAUAGCAAUUUUAGAAAUUCCAGCGACGUACAAGAACUUGCAAAAGUGAUUGCCGUCCAACUUCUCGGGUCUUGUUUUACUUUAGCACCCGAGUACCUUCUACCUCUUCCAUCAAGUCCCACAUCAUACAACAGAAAAGGAGACACGAAACUACCGGAUUCAAGAAUGAUAAGUUCCUUACGUAUGCACACACAAUUUCGAUAUUCACCCUGCUUUGGGCACCAAGCACGAAGCACCUCUCCGAUACAGCCAUGGGACUGUGGUGGAUAUGAUGGUUCAUCGGCUUACUCUUCCUCACCUCCAGGUACGAGUGGUGUUGUUACGCCACAGAUUAUCACGUCAGAGCCUACCAGGAGGCGAAGUAGGUUAAAGAAAGCACACAGGGCGCUGCAUGUCUCAGAGCAAUCGGCAAAUGAUUGCAAUUUUGGUAGUCAUAGAAGUGAUUACUUUAUGAGCGGCAGUUCCACGUUUGAUGACAAUGCUGCAGCCUCGAUGGGCCAGAAACUGAGGAACGGCCAUGCUAGCGAGUGUGGAAAAGCGUCAAAUACACUACACGUGUCGGGAGCGGAUAGCCGAAGACACAAAUCAAGGCCUUCUGUGACCAGAGAUCAACCACAAGCGGUGCAAGUAGCAGAGGCCGAUGAUGCGAAUAUCGACACGAUGAAAACUUACCGAGGAGUACGGCCUACCCUUCCACCGAGGACCAACUAUCGUCUACAGCCAGUCCUCAGGUCAGAACCGCAUCCUGUGUUCGUGCAGCCUGUGAGAGAGCUCGUAGUAAAGAGGUGGAAGUCAAUCCGACGUCAAUUUGGUGGUAGCUUGCAAAAUUCUUUACCAACGAGGGCAUUUGGAAAUGUCGAGUCCGAUUCAGAAAGUGAUGCAACGAGUUCGGCACUCAGCACUGACGCUAGGGCACGGAGACGCCGAGCUCAGGAGAGGGGAGACAUUCAUAGCGCCGGUGGUGAUGAUAGCCCACGCUAUAACACUCCAAGAAGUGGUACUAUGACACCUAUAACGCCUAUGACGCCUAUGUCACCUUUCAUGAUUCCAGCCACGCCACCUGCUACUCCUAUGGUCCCUUCAUUACCAGGUCUAAGGCCGGUGUCCCCUUUCUUUAGAGGAGCGGAUACCAUGACAGCCGUCACAUCUUUUCAAGCUGAUGCAUGCCAGGCGGAACACAUCAUCAACCCGCCGGAUUCGUUUAAGGACACAGGUGGCUAUGUUUCCCCAAACAUGAUAAGGACCGAGCACGCCGCGGGUGCAAUGUUCAUUCAAUCGAGAUCAAAUUCUCAACCGCCCCUUGAGCCAAUAGUCGAUCCAUAUCGCGUGAGACGAACGAGUAUGUUAUCAGAGGUGUGCAUUCCGGGAGACUUUAACGACGACGGAACCUUGAAAAUUGAUGAAGAAAAGCAAUAUCAAGGACCUCAGUUGGCAAGGGCAAAUUCAAGCGGAACUCAGAUAUUUAGACCCAACAGUGACGGCAUCGAACUCGAUGGAAUGCCGGUUGGUCCGGGAAAGGAGUUCUGGGACGGACCAGUCGACAAUUCAGGGAAACGGAGGGAAAGGACCUAUCUGUAAGGCUAGAAAAGGAUCGGUGAUUCCUGUAUUGCAAUUAAUAGUCAAUUGAAGAAACAAAUCGUUGGUCAAAAGGAA